AUGUCUGGCAAGGACAAUACCAGCUCGGGAACUGGUUCAUCCGGCAGCUCGUACUACCCGUACCAAGUCACCAACACUGGCGUCAAUACUGCAGGAAACAGCUGGGACACGCGCACUCAGCCUGGGGGUAACGCCUACCACUACUCCAAUUCUGGUAAGCAACCUCUUCUCGAUAUCCAAAGCUAUACCAAUGCUUUUCCUGCAGAUGGCUCCUACUACUACUCCAACGCCAAUGGCAGCACCUAUCACAACAACGGAUCUGGAGGCUCGACUUACACUGCUCCCAAUGGUAACGUCUACAAGAAGUGA